CUCAUCUUUUGACCGUCAACAAUCCAUCUCGCUUCACCUCCAUCCCACUCCACCGCAUGACCGCGACGCCGUCGUGAGCGACUCGCCCGCUGGUUCGCCGCGCUCCUUCCUCUCCCCUCCCUCCAACAGCCAUGUCGCUCGACCCGUUCGAAGCCCGCCUCCAGUUCCUCAAGCUUGUGCGCACCCUCAACGCCUCCCAGCAGAGCAUUCAAAAAGUCGUGACCUUUGCGGUCAAGUACGGUGCCAAGUGCGGCGAAGACCUGUGGGAGUGCGUCGGCGACGAGAUAGGCAAGUGCUCGCUCAACGCGCGCAUCAACAUCCUCUAUCUCCUCGACUCGCUGGCAGAGACUUCCGCGGCACUGGGCGCGCCCGACGCGCCGUAUCUUCCCCUUAUCGAGCGGGCGCUCCCGGACCUCGUUUCCGCCGUGGUCCCGAGCACGCGCGACGGGCUGUUGAACGCGCGCUCCGCCCGCUUGAUCCUCGAGUCGUGGCGUGCGCGCCGCGUCCUUGACCCCAGCGCGGUGGAUGCGGCGCUCAAGAUCCUCGCGGAGCGCACGGCGGCCGCGCACGCCGACGAGCGGCACGAAGACAAGAAGAUGGCGCGCACAGACGUCCUCCGCCGCAUCGAGGAGGACCGGGAGCGGCAGAAGCGCCUGCGCGAGCGUAUGUGGAUCCUCCCCAUCCCGCCGCUACGGGCGGCGCUGCCGAGCCCCGCGAGCCCGAGCCCGUUUGCACUUACGCCCGCGUCGCCCCGCCCACUGGAAAGAGUGGCCAAGCGGAAACGCGCGGACGACAUGCCCCCGCCGCGCGCGCCCGGUGGACUGCCCCUCGACGUUGAGUUCGAGCAGAUGUGGGAGGGGACGAGCGAUCUCGACGAGGACGAGUUGGAGAGGAUGCACGAGUACGCACGCGCGGCAGGCCUCGAAGUUCCACAAUAGCACUGUAUCACUAUGCACAUCUAUGAUUCUAC